AUGGUCACUCCAGCAUCAGUACUAGCACUAUUUGGUUGCUGCAGUCGCCAGCGACACCAAAACAGACGUAAAGUCAACAAUUGGGACUCCCUUCGUCUAUAUAGUGACGAAGAAGAUGCGGUCGAGAGCGAAAUCUUAGUUCCCCGGUACACAUUCUCCCAGCCACAGCCACAAACCUCCGUUCGGCUUGACGUGGCCUCCGCAGGACAGUACGCGGUGAUUGUGAAGAGCGGCACACGACUGUGUGGUAGCGGCGCCGCCAGGACAGACGUCCCCAUUGUUCAGGACAAGGCGUAUUUUGAAGUUAAGGUACAAUCUGGAGGUCUGUGGGCCGUCGGACUAUGCCAUUCUCAGGCCAACCUGAAUAUCGCGGAAGAAAUGCGAAAGCAAGCCUCUGCUUGGGCUUUAUUCGACGACGGUGGUAUCUAUCACAACUCAACCCGUUUGAUGGAAUUAGAAUCCCUUGUGAAGGGCAACUCCGCGCUCGAAGAAGGAGACAUCCUCGGGGUCUUCUACGACCACACGGAACUUCGCUUCGCUGUUAACGGUGUACCGCAGUAUUUCCGUGAUCAAAACUUGCGGCUGACCGGAGUAACGGGCGUCCGAGGAACUGUGUAUCCCGUGUUGGCGGUCGAUAACGGCGCCAUUCUCGAUGUCCGGUUCACCAGCUUUCAGUACCCCCCCAGAGAAGGCGGGUUCACAGAGAUUCGGUUGGAAAAAGACAUUCUUUGA